AUGAGUGGACAGUCAAGAAGUGGCAAAGCUGGUAAGGUAUGCUGCUCAAACCGCACCUGUAGCGACAGAGGAGGGAAGUGUAAGAAAGAAGGAGAGUGCAACGGUAGAAUCGUCACGGUGAAGAAACCAUGCAAAGAACCGAAAGUCUGUUGUCUAGAGAUACAGGGCCCAGGCACCACGACAGAAUCAGCACCACAAACCCCUGGUCCGGGACCACAAACAACUGCUGGUCCGGGACCACAAACAACUGCUGGUCCGGGACCACAAACAACUGCUGGUCCGGGACCACAAACAACUGCUGGCCCGGGACCACAAACAACUACUGGUCCAGGACCACAAACAACUGCUGGUCCGGGACCACAAACAACUACUGGGCCGGGACCACAAACAACCCCUGGACCAGGACCACAAACAACUACUGGUCAGGGACCACAAACUACUGGACCGGGACCACAAACUACUGGACCGGGACCACAAACAACUGCUGGACCGGGACCACAAACAACUACUGGACCGGGACCACAAACAACUACUGGACCGGGACCACAAACAACUACUGGACCGGGACCACAAACGACUACUGACCGGGACCACAAACGACUACUGGACCGGGACCACAAACGACUACUGGACCGGGACCACAAACAACUACUGGACCGGGACCACAAACAACUACUGGACCGGGACCACAAACGACUACUGGACCGGGACCACAAACGACUACUGGAUCUCCCAUUACCUACUACUUCCAAAAAAACCCACUCUCUCCAUCAGUGUAACUGGUCCACUACAAAGAUGCAACCACUCCACUACAACAGAUGCAAACCCCUCCCACUACCACAGAUGCAACCCCUCCCACUACGACAGAUGCAAACCCCUCCCACUACAACAGAUGCAACCCCUCCCACUACAACAGAUGCAACCCCUCCCACUACAACAGAUGCAACCCCUCCCACUACAACAGAUGCACCCCCUCCCACUACAACAGAUGCACCCCCUCCCACUACAACAGAUGCACCCCCUCCCACUACAAACAGAUGCAACCACUCCCACUACAACAGAUGCAACCACUCACACUACAACAGAGCAAACCCCACUACAACAGAUUGCAACACUCCCACUACAAACAGAUGCAAACCACUUCCCACUCACAACAGAUGCAACCACUCCCAUGCAACAGAUGCAAACAACUCCCACUACAACAGAUGCAACACUCCCACUACAAAGAUGCAACAACUCCACUACAAACAGAUGCAACCACUCCCACUACAAAAGAUGCAACCACUCCCACACAACAGAGACAACCACUCCACCUAUAACAGAUACCACAGCCACUACAACAGAUACAUCCUCUGCACUACUACAGAUGCAACUACAACAGUACGACUGCCAUUACAACAGGUACAAACCUCCCACUUACACACUAGGGUUAAACACUCCCACUACACAGAGGCAACCACCCCACUACAACAGAUGGAACCCACUCCCACGACAACAGAUCUGUUUCCAAUUACAACUGACAGCUAA